AUGGACGAGGCCUCGCAACUCACGGAACCCGCCACCCUUGUGCCUCUUGUGAAAGAGUGUUCGCGUGCGAUACUAGUUGGAGACCACGUUCAGCUCCGCGCCACGGUCCAGCAGAAUGCUGUCUUGACAGGUUACGACAUCUCGCUUUUCGAACGCCAUUACAAAUUACCGCCAAGAGAGGACGUUGCCAGAGUCAUGCUUAAUAUGCAGUAUCGCAUGCAUCGCUCCAUUUGUGACUUCAGUUCCUCCGAGUUCUACGAUGGGAAACUUCACACUGCUGUGGCCGAAUACGCACGUCCUCUGAGUUGUUCGCUUUUUCCAUGGCCCAAGAAGAACCGCAUGGUCUGGGUUGAGUGUCCGGAAUCUGAAGAACUGUAUUGCCAAUCAAAAUGGAACGUUGGCCAAGGCGUAAUCUGCAAAAGUAUCAUCGAACUUCUCAAGACACCACCACCGUCUCCAAAAUCGACUACGGCUGCGACAGUUCCUGGUGAAUCCCCAUCUAUCGUCAUACUGACACCCUACAAUCGCCAGAAGGAUUUGCUUACGUCCGAAAUCCCCAACGUCGAAGUCUGCUCUAUCGACAGUUUUCAGGGUCGUGAGGCAGAUAUCGUUGUGUUUGUCACUGUUCGGUGCAAUGUUUAUCACGAAUUAGGCUUACUGGCUGACAUGCGACGAUUGAACGUAGUCAUGACAAGGGCGAAAGCCGGGAUCUUGUUGAUCGGGCACCAGAAUACACUGGCUGGUGUAGAAGCUGGAAUGGUUGAGAAUGAGAGUAAGCUGGUUUGGAGGAGACUACUAGAACAGUGCGAGGUUGUGUCCUUGGCAGCUCGAGCCGAGAGUGGUUGUUCCAAACGCUGA